AUGGGUAGUCUAUGUGAAGACAGAGCAGCUCACUGCCGGGAGAGUACCGUCGACGCCUCGCGCUUCAUCUCCGGAACACAUGACGAGCAAAGAGCCUUUGCGGAUGAACUCGUCCAGUCGGUGCUGCGAUGUGGCUUUGUCAAAGUGAUCAACCAUGGGCUUUCUGACGAGCUCAUCGACGAGCUAUUCAUGUGGAAUGAACGGUUCUUUCAAUUGGAAGCAGAGCAGAAACUAGCCAUUGCCAACCCGGCGGGUCCAACUCCGCAGCGUGGAUGGAGCUGCGUGGGCGCUGAGAAGACAUCGCGGCUGUUCAGCCGGGGGGCCAGCUCGAUCGAUCUCACAGAUGCGCGGGAGCACUUUGACGCAGGGUCACCGCAUGAUAAGACCUUCGCGAAUCGCUGGCCGGGCAACACCCUGCCAGGCUUCCAGUCCUUUAUGGAGAACUUCUACAUCAAGUCCCACGAGGCUGCGUUGACCAUCAUGCGCAGCAUCGAGAUGGGGCUCGACCUCCCCCAGGGCUCUCUAGUCGACAAAUGCAGAGGUUCCUCCAGCGAGCUACGUCUCAACCACUACCCGACAAUCGAUAUAGAAGAGCUAGCCCGCAACAAAGUCAGCCGCAUCCAUCCCCACGCAGACCUGGGCGUGAUUACCUGCCUCUUUCAAGACGGCCAGGGCGGACUGGAGAUGGAGGAUCGCACGAGCCCUAACUCCUUCCUGCCCAUUGUCGCGGGAAAACGGUCGGAGAUGGUGGUUAACAUCAGCGAGACCUUCCAACUGUGGACGAACAAUGUGCUCCGCCCGGGCGUGCACCAGGUCACUAUUCCCCCAACCAUGAAGCAUCUCAGCUCGGGGAAGAUUGCCUCUCGUCGGUCCUGUGCCUUCUUCCUCAAGGCGGACCGGGAUGCCUCCGUUGCGCCUCUGCCGCAGUUUGUCACCGAGGAAAGGCCGGCGGCGUAUGGGGAGAUGACAGCUUUGCAGUAUCACCAGCAACGAUUGGCAACGGCCUACUAG